UUAUUUUCUUUUCCAAUAAUACCACUGAGUGCAGAGAAUAUGCUAAGAACAAAUAUUUUAAUUUAAUUAAAAAUAUACAGAAUGUGCAUUGAACCAGAAACAAAUGGCCAGAUUUGUAGGCAAAACGUUCGAAUCGUUGAAUUCGAUGCUGAGUAAUUCUGGUUUGUUUAUAAAUCUUCAAGAUAAAACAUCAACAAAAUUUAUACCGUCGACGGUCGAUUCAAAGAGUUUUAUAAGGAAAUUAAGAAAUGUAGAUUCAAAACAGGCUGAAGAAGAAAUAAUACAAUCAUACCUAUCAGCUGUAGAAAAACGUCUCUCAGAACCUGAUGUGCCAAAUACUGAAAUUGAUGAAUUGAUAAAAGUAUGUAUGAAUUGUGAAACAAUGGGUUAUCCUGCCCCUUUUAUUUAUGUACAUUGUUUGAAACUUGCUCAGAAGGGUAACCUACAAGAAAAACAUACAGGGUAUUCAGCUGUUUCAUACUUUCUUCAUCCGCAUCAUGAGUUAGUAAUUCUUUUAAUUAAUACAAUGCAGAAGGAUCUGUGCAGCUCUAACUACGUUGAAAUUCUUUAUGCUUUAUCAUCCAUAUGUAACCUCAUUAAUGUAGACACUGUACAUAAUAUUUUCCACCUAGUGGAAGAAAGGUUAAAUCAUGAGAAGUCUUCUGUACGCAAGUCUGCCAUUUUAACUCUUGGUCACUGUCUUCUUUUAAUCGAUAGUCAAAGUGCUUACCAAAUGUCCAUUCCCAAAAUAGAAAAGGCACUCACAGAUAGUGAAUUGGAAGUUGUUUCAGCAGCUGUUAGCACUUUGUAUAAAAUAAUACAGAAACUUCCUUUUGAUUUUACAUAUUUAAUCAAGAGCUUGGUAGAAUUGCAGGAUCAAAUUUUACUUAGACGUGUUCCUCGUAGUAUGGUCUAUUGUGAUAUUCCUGCACCUUGGCUUCAGCUUGAUAUUUUAAAGCUACUUAAUUUGCUUUGCAAAGAGGCAGAGCAUCAUAAAGCUGUCACUCCCAUUUUAAAGAAGACCUUGCAGCAAGUCGGAUUACAUAAUACUCUAGCUCAUGCAAUCAUGUAUCAAGUAAUUGAAUCAAUUACUUGCAUAACACCAUGUAAUGAAUUAGUAGAAAUGAUUUUGUCAUCUGUAUCUAUGUUUCUCAAAUCAAAGAAUGUCAAUUUGAAACUAAUGGGUAUUGAAGGAAUGAUUGUCAUUAUCAAAAGGUUAAAACCUAGUAUUACUUUGGCUCAACAAGAAAUCAUUAUGGAAUGCCUUCAGUUACCUGAUGAGACAUUAAAGUUAAAGACUCUGGAGCUUUUAUUUCACUUGGCAAAUCCUUCUAAUGUUCAAGCCAUUUGCAAAAAACUUAUGGAAUUUCUGACGUCUUCUACAAAAGUUGACAAGAAGAAGGAAUUAGCAAUGAAAAUACUUCAGUUAUCCGAAAAAUUUAGUGAUAAACAAGAAUGGUUUAUAUCCAUUUCUUUGUCUGUACUAAUGGAAGCUGGUGAUCUUUUACCUACUUCAGAAUUGAACAGAGUUAUUAACAUAAUUUCAAAAGAUUCUACAUUAAAAGAGAUAGCGAAAAAGUCUUGUUUACAAACGUGCAGGGAGGAAAAGCAUCGCUAUCCUAGCAUUAUAAAAUUAACUGCAUCAGUCUUAUCUACUUUAGCUGAAUUUGAAGAAAUUUUACCGAUCAUAUUACCACAUGCUGAUGAAGAAGCUUCCACUUGGGUUUUAGUUUCCUUGACAGAAAUUCUUUUGAAAUCUAAAGAAAUAUCUUCUAGUUUUACUGCAUUUUUAAAAACUUUGGAAGUUAAGAAUGAGUAUCCAACUGAGGUUUUGAAGCAAUUGCUACAAAUUGUUGAAUGCCUUGGUCAAUUUCCAGAUGUUGAUUUAAAUGAAGAAGUAGAUCCUUCACUAACAUUCUUAGAUGGUUUUGUUGUUGAAGCUCUUGAAAAUAACAAAUCUUGCUAUUUACCUUCAUCUUAUCGUGUUGCAGCUUUACCAGUAGAUGAAUCUACUGCUGAAUGCAGAACUGAAAGUCUUGAUUACAGUGAAGUAUCUUUUGCUCAUGAUUCUGUCUACAGUCCUUCUCAAAAGUCACCAACUUAUAGUGAAUUUAGUUCUCCUAGUACUUCUUUUCAAAGUUUAAUUGCAGAGAAAGAUUUGCAACCUCCUUUCACAACAAAAUCACCAAAUAUAUGGACAGAAGAAGGCCGUAAAAGUAUAAAAAAUAAGCAGGGAAAUUCAUUAGAAGUUGCAGCUAAAGCUACAGAUAAAGAACAAGGGGAUGAUCUUAAGAACCUUUUUGCUGGGGUGUCUUGAAUUUAAAUUAUUUGGUGACCGAAGAAAAAAAGAGAAAGGAAAAAAAUUAUUUAUGAGCUCAUGUUGUUGUGAUAUUGAUUUCUGAAUAAAAAUAUUUUAACAUUUG